AUGUACCUCAAGCCCGAGCCACGCCCCUACGGUAUGGCAAAUGUCGGGAUGGAAGCUAGGCAUCCGAUGGCUUCCGCGCGAAACCCUGUAGGGCCACAGCAGGCGCGCCCUAUCCACCCUGAGCAUAUCAAACAGAUCAUCGAGACAGCCGACCCGCGCGCUGUGCAAAAGGUGCUGCUCGACCUUUGCCAAAUGUCACCGGCCUUUUCCGGCGCCCUCGUCCGUGGACUUGCGCCUCACUCUGCAUCCGCCCAGAGCCUGAUCAGCCAGCAACGGAUGCAGUCGCAUCAGCCCAAGGUCAAGAUUCAAGAUGAGGAUGAUAGCGACGAACUCUAUGAGGCGGCGAACAGAAACCUCGUGAAGCCUACAGUUCCGACCCCAAGUCACAACAGCUUGCCUGCACAAUCCCGCGAGAUCAGCGGAAGUCGAGCUACAUCACGGCCUCAUGGUUCUGAGUUCGCAUCACGAGUGAAGCGGGAGCCACUUCAGACGGCGACAUGCACCUUCCUGGAGCCUAUCCACGCUCAACCACGUUACGCACGCCAGUCCGGAAACCCUCAGGCCCAUCUUCCUCUGUCAAUCAAACCCCAAGGCUGUUAA